UGACCUUCGACCUUUCUCCUCGAUUCUUCAAACUCCAAAAAUGGCGGAUAAUCUUGUGAUGGAAGAAAGGGAGGAGUUCAUGGUUUCUCCGACCGGCAGCCGUCCCUUUCUCAGAUCAGCCCAUUUUCUCCGACCCUCCGUCACCUCCACCGCCGGCCCCGUCGCCGCCCCUUCACUGGAAUCUCCAACUCCCUCCGCCGCCAAACACAAAGAAUUAUCCUUCCAGGUGAACUUCCUCGGCUGGAGAAUCCCACAGGAGAAAUGGAAAACAUGGGUCGACCAGAUGCACUCCUCACACCAUUCUACCUGGAGGAAAGCCGGGAUUUACGACGCCGUCGUGAGUUCCAAAUGCUGCAUCCACCGCCACCGGGAUUUGAUUUUUAAUCUCGUCGACAAAUGGUGCCUCUCCACGAACACGAUGGUGUUCCCGUGGGGGGAAGCAACCCUCACUCUAGAAGACGCGGCGGUGCUCGGCGGGUUCUCCGUGCUAGGUCACUCGGUUUUCGCCCCCUCCCCGGAAGACGGCAAUUCGCAAGAAGUAAUGCAGGAAUUACUCGACGCCCGAUCAGCAAUUUGCAAAACCAACGCGAGGAACGCCGGGCAGUACAUGUGGAUCACGGAAUUCAUGGGCAGUGGCAGCGAAAUCGAGCACGAAGCUUUUCUUGCUUACUGGCUCUCCAGAUUCGUCUUCCCAUUCUCGGGCAAAAGCAUAAUCAGACGCGUGUUUCCGAUCAGCGUUCGCUUGGCUAGAGGGACUAAAAUCGCACUCGCGCCGGCCGUACUAGCCGGCAUUUACAAGAGCUUGACUCUGCUGAAAGUGGCGGUUGCUGCUGCAAGAAUGGCAUCAGCCCAAUCUCAAGAUGGCGAUUUCGAAAUUUUAGCUUCGGCCCCGUUGGCGCUUGUGCAGGUUUGGGCUUGGGAAAGAUUCCCAUCACUAAGACCGAGAAAGCCCGUCUGCGUCGGACAAGACGAACCGAGAUUAGCCCGGUGGAGUAACUCCAAGAAAUCGAAGAUUGAAGAUAUCUUGGUGAAGAUUGAUUCUGCGGGAGAAGAGUUCCAGUGGCGCCCUUACACGACGACAGCUGGCAAUGCCGUUUUGAAAAUGAACUACUACAAGGAUAGAGAAUACUGGGCUGUAGUUGGCUCGGAUAUGGACGAGGAUUUGGAGGGGAUGGUUCGAUUCUUGAGGGCGAGUGAGCUCGUUGGGCUCGAAGAAGAUUGCAUAGAGCAGUAUCUGCCGCACCGUGUGGCAAUGCAGUUCGGCAUGGAUCAAGAUUUACCAGGACAUGUACCGAGAGUCAAUGUGAAUGCUGAUGUUGCUUGGGGGGAUUAUAUUCGCCCCAUUGGAGAUGCAAAGAUAUACGUACCGCCUCGCCUUUUUGAGGCCGAUGUUACUACUAGGUACUUCAAGUGGUGGAGAAAAAUGAACCUUGGCCAGAGGAAGAAGAAUACUUGGGAUGGCUCGGUGGAAGAAGCAACGAAAGACGAAUUUGUCCCUCCACCACGCGUCCAGAGCACUUCAUCUUCUAGUAAUGAAAAGGGUAGUUGUAACAAGGGUUCAAAAAGGAAAUAUGUAGAGAGCUCGUGGGAUUAUGAUUCGGGUGAUUCUCUUUCUGAUCAUGGUUUUGAGAAAACCGUAGCUGAAUCUUCGAGCAUGGCGAAUCAUGAGACGAAUUGGUCUGGUGGCGGUGGCGGUGGUGGUGACGGGGCAAGCCCUGUUAUUUUAAACAGGUCAUUUGAAGCAAUUGGCUUUGGACUUGAAGAGAGAGUCAAGACUAUUGAAAAGCUGUGUUCUUUGUUAAAAUCUGGAAAAUUUGAUAUGCCUUUGAUUCAAUCUGUAACUUAACACAAGUUUCUCUAUACUCUUCCUGUGUGGCAUUAACAGUCUAUCUAAAGUAACCUUCUACUUCUUUUUA